AUGAUAACAGAUAAGAACAACAUUACGCUAGCAACGCGUCGCUCCGCUCUUCCUCACGCGUCUGGUUACGAAAAGGAGAUACUCGAUCGUUCACGGCUCCUUGCCACAUCAACAACCAUGAAGCCCUCACUGUUAGUCUUCAAUCCUCAUGGAGACAUGGAUUUGAUUCUUCGGCAAUCGAGGUCACAGCGUACUCAAGAAACUACACACGGAUCGUCUUCCUCUGACGGUGCUGAUGAGGAGCCAAGUAGUUAUACCACAGCGGCGGAGGAUCAAGUCGAGCCUGAACAGGGCCGUCCCGUGAAAUUCAAGAACAUCUCUUCUUCUAUUCGAACAGUCGAAGAUCUGAGGAACUUGGAAUCGCGGAAUGAGCUUGGGCAACACAUUGAAUUACGCUACCAUGUGUCAUCAGCCCACUUAGCCCUUGCCUCCCCAGUUUUCAAGGCAAUGGUCGAUAAAUCAUCGGCCACGAUUGACUUGAGCUGCCGUAGCGCAAGGGGAUUUAGACGGUAUGGUGAAGCGCCGGUCAUCUUGCUUGACGUUAUCCAUGGACACCACAAGAGCGUUCCAAAGGCGAUGAGUCUAAGGUUAUUGAUUGAGCUAUGGGGACUCAUUGAUAGCUAUAAGUGUCGCGAAGCUGUGGAAAUGUUUGUUGAUCAUUGA